ACACGGUGGCUCUCUGUGCUCGCAGGUGACUCUCGGGCUGCGAAGACGAGCUCUGUGGGAUCCAAGGAAACACCGAAGGUUCUUCUCAACGCUCUGGCAUUAAAGUUUCCUCACGUUCAGCGAAAAAGGGCAGGAAUUAGUUGGCUAUAGAGAUCCCUGAGAGGAGCCCCGGUCCUCUCUGUUUGCCUACACGCCUCCCACUCGGCUUCCUAUAUUGUCUUCUUGUCUGUUUCAACGCGCUAAUCUCUUCUAACUUGAGGGCAGAAUGACAGGAGGACUGAAGGACGGCGAAACAGACGAGGAGUUUCUGCAUUCGCCGUUCAUCCGAAAGCAAGGGAACAUAUACAAACCCAACAACAAAGACAUGGACAACGACAGUCUGAACGAGAAGACGAUGGAGGAUGUCCACACCAAAGAGAUCGACCUGGUCAACCGGGAUCCCAAGCACAUAAACGACGACGUUGUAAAGGUGGACUUUGAAGAUGUGAUCGCAGAGCCUGCAGGGACCUACAGCUUCGACGGCGUGUGGAAAGCCAGCUUCACCACCUUCACCGUCACCAAGUACUGGUGCUACCGGCUGCUGACGGCGCUAGUCGGCAUCCCCUUGGCGUUGAUCUGGGGAAUCUUCUUCGCCAUCCUGUCCUUCCUGCACAUCUGGGCUGUGGUGCCGUGCGUCAAGAGCUACCUGAUCGAGAUCCACUGCGUCAGUCGCGUUUACUCUAUCUGUGUGCACACCUUCUGCGACCCGCUGUUCGAGGCCAUGGGCAAGUGCUUCAGCAGCAUCCGAAUCCGCUUGACCAAGGAGGUGUAGCGUCCAAAACCAGGAGGAGGAGGAGGAUUAACGGAAAGAGGGGAGGGAGGAUGGGAGGGCAUGAGCAACGCAGAUGGAGGGAAAAGUCAGAACAAGAAAACAAGGAAGAAAAAAUGGACCUCUGGAAAAUGAAAGGUGAGACUUUUCCAGAGCAAGGCGGGAGAUGUUUGGAGGUGUGGCGCAGUCACAUGGCACCUCAUCCCGCCUUUUUCCAUCAGCUGUUUUUUCUCUCCACUUUCGGCGUAACCAAACGGGUGGGAACAGGAAAUCAAAGGGUCAUUCUCCUGGGAUUUUAGUUGUCGUUUUGUUUGUGAUCUCCAGUUUCUUUUUUUUUUAUUCCUCACUUUGUCAAGCAGGCAACCAAGCUCCAUAUGUUAUCGUUAGUUUGUCACAUCUUGUAAAUUCCUUCCAUUCUUACUGUGUUUGCGGAGAGCUUCUCACACUGAUCAAUUGGUGUGGAGAGGGGAUGUCAGGGUGUCCUACUGUCACCUCUCGCGCUUGUUUGUGUUUGUUUUUUUCGAGCCGCGGGGGCAGGAUGGUGGGCCGUCGGGGUUGUGGGGCUCAACACAGAGAGAAAGAGUGAGCACUGCCAAAUUCUGCCUGACUCAGCGAAAAAAUCCAACAGCCCGGCCCCGCCCCUCCCUCUGCACCUCACGACCUCCAACCCACCAGAAAGCAGCCUCCCUCUCCUCCCCUCCCUUCCCCUGCCCUCCCCCCUCCGCCCUGCUCUCCAGCAGUCUGACACACUGAACCUGCCCUCGUUCCUGCAUGCACCUGCGUCGCCUCACCAGCAACUCGCCGUCCGCCACGCCCACCACGCCGCCCGACGAUGCAGAAACAACCUGCGUCCGGGCUCACUCACUCGCUGCAUCACCUUCUUACUUCAUCUCUGUUUGUUCUUUUUUUUUUUUUUUUUUUUUUCAGAUUUCUCACCUUCAUACCUACAUGAGUGUGUGACAAGAGAAUGUUAGUAUUUCAAUUUUACAAAUCAUGUUCAUUUUUGUAGUCCAUCGUGAGUUUUAUAGACAAAUGCACAUCAUCAUAGUUCCAUAGUGAAAGCUUUUUUUUCUACACUAUGAAUAUGAAGAACUUUGAGGGGUUGAUUUCAAUGCUGUUGUUUUCAUAUCCUGUAUGUACUGUAUGGGUGCUCAUGCAGAAAAUGAGAAAUCUCUGGCCUCCUUCCAGUGCACUAAUCUAAUGGAAAGUAUUGUUAGUGACUAGCGCUGAUAAAGGUCUCCUUUUUUAUAUUUGCAAAGGUCGUAGAGUGCUAGCAAUGCUUGUGCACACUUUGCACGCAGACUGUGCAUUUAUGAGCUUGUGUGGAGACUUUUGCACACUGUGGUACUUACACAGGUUAAUGCAUUGGAAUUAAGACAAUAUGAGGUGGAAUGUGUGAUUUUGGAUGCAUUUUUAUUUGAUACCUGGACAUAAUUUUGCACCCUCCUCCUGCUUUUGUCUUACUAAGUUUAUUCUGCUGCCCUGCUUUUCGACUGUGGACCUGAUGAAGAAAAGCAUCAGACUGACAGCUCCCACCCCAAAGAUGGGUGUAUCCAGGGAUGGGUGGGAUUUCUGGGUGGGGUUAUUCGAGGGGGGGAUGCGUUGUUGAGACACUAAGCUCGCUUUGACUCUGUCACCUUCAGUCUACCUGCUGUCUUCUCAGAGGGAUGGUAAUAUCAUAGCACCUGUUUCUUGAAAUUAGUUUUUUAAGCUCUGAAGGUGAUAUUUUUGUAAGAUGAUUUUCCUUCCUUGCUUUUACUGUACAAUAUCACGCUGUGCACAUUAAAAUUUAAUAUAAUCCAG